AUGAUCCGUCUGACACUCCUCACCUCCUUUCUCUAUCUUCUCAUCAAUAAAAUCAGUGGAGAGCUGGAAAACUCGGAAGUCGCCAAUCAGAAUACCUACUCCUUCAUCUUCACACCAAUCUGGAUUCUUCUGUUCCUGUGGUGUGCUCAGAUUUGUCGCGCGACGAGUAGUUGA